ACCAGCCAAUGUACCUUCAACGAGCGAGCUACGUUCAAUCCAUUUUCAAUAUCGACUUUCGGUUGACGAUUUCAUUGGACGUCAGAAGGAUUUAAGUUUUUUGAAAGAAAAACUUUGCAUUGAAAAUCCACGCGUAAUGGUCGUGUCUGGACUGGGCGGAAUUGGAAAGACACAACUCGUCAAGCAAUUUAUCAAGGAGAACAAAGAGUUUUAUCGCAACGUCGUUUGGAUCAACUCACAAAGCAGGGAAUCAAUUGAGAAAGAGUUUAAAACACUAGCAGAAUCCGAACUGGAUUUAUCACUAAACGUUGAUGGCAAAGAAAGAGUUUUUCGUAACAUAAUUCACAUGAUAUUCAACCGACUUUCCACCUCGAAAACUAUCAUUGUUUUCGACAAUGUCGACAAAGCCGACACCGCUAAAAUAGUACGCGACAUUGUUGCAGUUCAUGUGAAACCUCACAUUCUCAUCACGUCUCGCUUUCAAGAGUUCGGUGAGUCAGUGAAUUACAUAAAAUUGGAAGUAUUCAGCUCUGAGGUGGCUCUCAAAUAUAUUUCGACAAAAGUAUGCAAAGAAACACUGGAAGAUAAAAUGACAUUGGCGGCCACUUUAAAGAACUUACCAUUGGCUCUGCGACAAGUAACGGCUCACAUAAAAUAUCAUCAGAAACAAGACGGAAAUUACAAACUUUGCAACUACAUCGCCGAUUUCAACAAAUACCGAAAGAAAAUGCUAAGCUCCGUUCACUUCCAGAACGAUAUCUUCCAUGAAUACAAAGAGACAACGUUGACAACGUGGCAAAUUACGAUGAAUGCUAUAAGGGAAUGUGAACCGGACGGAGAACUUGCGCUUCGAAUUCUUCAUAUCAUGGCCUAUUUCCACAACCCACAAAUUAUGCGAGAAAUCUUCUUCAAUCUGGACGGCUUAUCCGAUGAGCCGGAACUGAAUAAGCGACAAGUGAUGUCUGCAGUACGGCUCAUUAUAAACUACUCGAUGGUAGACGACUAUGAAAACCAAAGCGUCUUGGGCAUUCAUAAAUUAGUUCAGGAAGUAAUUCAAAUUCAACUGUCAAAUGAACAACGAUCAGAAUCAACACUAAGAGACGGACUCCGGCUGAUUUCGCAAAUGGAAGAAAACAAAAAAUUGGAACUUUGCCUACAGCAUGGGAUAUCAGUUUACCGAUCGGCACUAAGAUUCAGUGAACUCGUUAUCGAAUUCGAUACGUUCGCUCCGAUGAUUUUACGAAAAUUACAAAAAUCGGGAAACUACCUGCAAGCCUUCAGCUUUGGAGCUGAAAUCAAUGAACCAUUUACAGCGAUACUAGGGAAGAAUCAUCAAAGCACGUUACUGCUUCAGCAUGGAAUUGCUAGUUCGUACAUGAAUUUGGGCAAACAUUCGCAAGCGCUUCAACUGUUCGAAGAGGUUUUAGAACAGCGGAAAAUAGUUUUGGGGGAAGAUCAUCCCGAUACACUCACUACCCAGUCUAAUAUCGCUUCUUCGUACAACAAUUUGGGCAAAUAUUCGGAAGCGCUUCAACUGUACGACGAGGUUUUAGAAAAGCAGAAAGUCGUUUUGGGAGAAGAUCAUCCAUAUAUACUUACUACCAAGAAUAACAUCGCUGUUUCGUACAACAAUUUGGACAAAUAUUCGCAAGGACUUCAACUUUACGAAGAGAAACGGAGAAAAUCGUUUUGGGGGAAAAUCAUCCCAGUACACUUAUUACCAUGA